AUGUCUUCUAUCGAUGCCACUAUUGUAACAACAGCCCUUCCCACAAUUGCUCGAGAAUUCGGUAAUGGUCAAGAUUAUAUCUGGGUCAUUAAUGGAUUUUUAUUUGGAUCCACUGCGACACAACCACUUUUUGCACAGGUAUCCAAUAUCUUCGGUCGUCGAAAUCCGAUGAUCCUUGCUCUUUUUCUCUUCGCAUUAGGCAGUGGAGUCGCUGGCGGUGCACUUAACUCAGAGACACUGAUCACCGCUCGUACAAUCCAAGGCUUGGGUACGAGUGGUUUGUAUGUCUUAGCCGAUAUUAUUCUCUGCGAUAUCAUUCCACCACGGCAUCGAGUGCCUUACUUAAACGGUGUACUCUCAAUGGCUGCCGUCGGCUCGACAGUGGCUCCUGUUAUUGGGGGCAUUCUGGCGCAGAAAAAUUGGCGAUGGGUUUUUUGGAUAAAUCUACCUGUGUCGGCUGUUGGACUCAUGAUUAUCCUAUUAUGCCUAAAAGUUAAUUACCCGCCAAAUCCAAACUGGAAACAUGCGCUGGCGGAAGUUGACUUUAUUGAUAACGCUAUUUUCAUACCGAGUAUAACUGCAGUACUUCUCGGCCUGGUCAUGGGUGGCUCUCAGUUCUCCUGGGGAUCGUGGCAUAUCAUUGUUCCCUUAGUAUUUGGCUUCUUGGGAUGGGUGGCAUUCCAUAUCUUUGAGCCUUCCACUCGGUUGUGUAAGCAACCAACAAUGCCACCGAGAUUGUUCAAACAUCGCACAUCUGCAGUUAGCUUUGUUCUUAUCUUUCUCGGAUCUAUCAUUAUAACAGCUGCCAAUUACUUUCUUCCUGUGUACUUUCAAGCCGUGAAGAAAAUAUCGCCUCUUGAUUCUGGAGUUUACUAUCUUCCAUUUGCGCUCGCUAUCAUUCCAAUUGGUGGCCUUGGUGCAGGAUUCAUAUCCAAGACCGGCCUCUACAUACUUCUACAUCGGAUCGGAUUUGCAUUGUGUGCCAUCGGGGCAGGACUUUUGUCUACUUUGGCAGCAUCUUCCAACAGCGGCAGUUGGAUUGGGUUCCAAAUCAUUACAUCAAGCGGAGUUGGCCUCAUAUUUACAUCUACCUUGAUCUCUACACUUGCACCGUUAAAAUAA